UGCAAUGUACCUUUCCUUUUUUUUCUUCUACAGUUGCAUCAAAUUUGUUCUAGAAAAUAAAAACAGUUGCAUAGAACCAAGUUGCCAUGAGUGAAUAAGAUUAUAAUUAUAAAAUGGUCUGCAAUUUUAAAUCCUCUUCCCUUUGGAGUUGAUAGAUAAUGUAUUCGCCAUGCGGCCAGUGAUCGCUAUUCUAUUUGGCGUAUAUAUUCCCCUCGUCCAUGCGCUUCUUCCCUCAUCAACCUCGCUCGCUGCCAUUAUUUGCUUCUCCUCCUCUUCUUCGUUGUCCAUCCAUCCGUUUGCUGAUACUUCUCUUCUCCGAUUCCCACUGCCUUAAUAUUCUAUAUCCCAGAAGCUCUGCGCUUUGCUUCCUUCCCGCCAUUGUCGUUGCCUCAAAGGUCCGAGCUCUACAGCUAGCUGCAAAGAAAGCAGGAUGUUGGGAGCGAGCCCCAAGGCCAAGAAAGGCGCGUCGGUGAAGCUGGGGUCGAUGAAGAACACUCCGGUGGCAGCCGCGGGCGCCGGUGCGCUGGCGGGAGCGAAGGUGCCGGCGGAGGAGGUCUGGGAGGUGCGGCCCGGCGGGAUGCUGGUGCAGAAGAGGGGCGGCGCGCUGUCCGACGACGAGCCGUCGGCCAACGUGAAGCCGGUGCCGACCAUCCGCGUCAAGGUGAAGCACGCCGGCAUCACGCACGAGAUCUACAUCAGCUCCGAGGCGUCCUUCGGGGAGCUGAAGAAGAUGGUGGCGGCGCGAACGGGGCUGCACCCGGACGACCAGAAGGUGCUCUACAAGGACAAGGAACGAGACUCCAAGGCGUUCCUGGACAUGGCCGGCGUCAAGGAUCGCUCCAAGCUCGUCGUCGUCGAGGACCCCGAGGCCCGCGCGCGCCGCCUCAUCGAGGAGCGCCGCAACGGCCACCUCGAGAAGGCCGCCAAGGCCGUUUCCGCGGUCACCGCCGAGGUGGACAAGGUCGCCCCCAAGGUGGCGGCGCUGGACGCGUCGGUGCGGAAGGGGGAGAAGGUGGCUGAGAGCGACGUGGUGCAGGUGACGGAGCUGCUCAUGAACGAGCUGCUCAAGCUCGACGCGGUGGUCGCCGACGGCGACGUCAAGGCCCAGAGGCGGAUGCAGGUGAAGCGCGUGCAGAAGUACGUGGAGACGCUCGACGCGGUGAUGGUCAAGAACGCCGCCAUCGCCCGCAAAUCCACCGAGAAGGUCGCCAAGCAGCAGCAGCAGCAGCCGCCUCAGCCGAGGCAGCAACCCAGACAGCAGCAGUCUCAGCACCAGCAGCAGCCGGCGGCCGCGCAGACGCGCUGGGAGAUGUUCGACCUGCUGUCGUCGCUGCCGUCGACGUCGUCGGCCUCCUCCACGACCACCGUCUGCUCCAAGGCGUCCUCCGGCGCGCCGCCGGCGAACCGGCUCGACUGGAUGCUGUUCUGAGGAGGACCCCGUCACCGAUCACCAGCGCGAAAGGUUAAAGGCAAAAGGCGAAUGCAAUGCUUGUGUGCCAAGAAUUGCACCCCGUGCCCGGCAAAAUCUGAUAGGAUGUGGGAGAGUGUCCUGAUGAGAUGAUGAUUGUGCUAGCUAUCUGCUUGCGGCUGCUUAUUACUUUGGUAAUUGGCCACACAUUGCAUGGUACCAUUUCCAGUACAUCAUGUCAGAGUUUUUUUUUUUCUUCUUCUUUUCUUUUUUCUUCUUCUUCUUGUUCAUCUUCAAAUGUUUGAAAUUCUUUUGUGUGCAUAUUAUUCAGAGAGAGAAAGAGAGAGGAUUAGGGCAAGUCAAGUGUAUUCAGAUUGGGAAUAAGUGGAAAGGAUUGUUGAUCUCCACCCAUGUCUACUACAUACAUACACAUAGUCAUCACAUACCAA